AAAUGGCGUCGACGCCGUCGAGAGAGCAACAUGUUUCCUCGGAGGUCUUACGAGGACUCGCCCGGCAUUUAAACUGUCUCGGCGAAGACAACAAAUCGACGAGAAAGAGAGCUUUGGAGUCAAUUAAGAGAGAAACGGUGGAUAAAAAGCUCUCCGGUGCCGUUUUACAGGAGCUUUUCUCAGCCCUCCUCAAACCUCUUCUGAAGUGCCUGUCAGAUCCGAUGGAAAGAUGCCGAGAAAUCGCCAUUUUGUUGAUUAGUGACUUUAUUCGCUUCGUCCCCGAACCGCAGGAGUCGUUGCCUUAUCUCAUGCCGUGCUUGGCUCAGCGGUUCGGGGAGAAAGAGAUCCUGGAGCCGUCGGAGGAGCUUCGCUUGUCGGCUACGGAGAUGUUGACUCUGACGGUGGAAGUGUGUGGCAAACAGCUGGCGCCUUAUUUAAACGAAAUGAUGAACAUAUUACAGCGGACCGUCUUUGACCCUUUCCCGGACGUCAAAAGAGAAAGCUGCAAAUGCACUGUUAACUUUGCCAACUGUGUGCCAGAGCAUUUCCACAUGCAAGCUGAAAGUCUAGUCAAGCCUCUCAUGCAGACAAUCGCUCAUCAGCACUCCAAAGUGCGUGUUUCUGUCAUCGAAGCCACCGGGGCGGUCAUUCAGCACGGCACUGGGAAAAACGUGGAUGACGUCCUCUCUCACCUGGCACAGAGGCUCUUUGAUGACGCGCCACAGGUCAGAAAAGCUGUGAUAGUAGUCGUCGGUGAUUGGCUACUGAACUUGAGGGACAGAUACUCCUAUUUCCACAAACUCACUCCGCUCCUACUAAGCGGUGUUACUGAUGAGAUUCCUGAGAUAAGACUCUUGGCGGCAGAUUUAUGGCGGCAGGUCGGCGCCCAGUGGGAAAAAGAGAACGAGGAAGACCUCAAGGACAAGAUGGACUUUCUCCUCACACCGCCUCCUUUUUACCCAUCGGGAGUGGAGCGGCCAGGUCUGGGUUGUAGAGAGUUGGUGGUGAGGAACCUGUACAGACUCGUGCCCGCCAUUAGCCACGACCUGAGCGACUGGCUGGUCCCGACUCGAGUCCGAACCUCCCAGCUGCUGUCGGUUCUGCUGCUCCACGCGGAAGACCACAGCACGCAGCACCUCCAGCCUCUACUGGCCCUCCUCUAUCGGGCCUGUACUGACUCUGAGAGAGAUGUGGUCAUCAAUUGCCAGGCUGCCGCUAAACUUUUGGGCACCUUCAUCCCACCUGAAGUCUUCCUCAAGUUGCUCCUGGAUCACGUGACUUCCCCUCCUUCAGCGUCCCACCCGUGGUCCGCCCUCAUGGUUCUGUGCGCCGUGCUGGGAGGAUGCCCCAAAGCGCUCCUGGGACCGCACCUCCAGCAGGUUGCCAACACACUCGCCCAACCUGACGUCUGCCAGGAAUAUCAACAGGUCGCGUACUUGGAACAGUUGGUGGCCUGCGUGGACGCGCUGCUACACCAGUGCGAUUCAGACUGCGGUGCGGUCAGCCUGCAGCUGCUGCAGGUGCUGGUCACCGUCCAGAGCCUGUCCACGGAGGCUCACGUCAACCAGAAGGCCCUGGAGAGCGUACAGCGCUUAUUUCAGGUCCAAGGCUUGGGCUCAGUGACGGAGCUCUACAGGCAACACAUGGCCCAGCUGCUAGACUGGCUCUCUGCCUCUGUGAACACCUGGUCGAGUUAUUCCCCGCACCGACUCCAAUUGCACAUCAUAGUGGUGCAAUCAGGUCCAGUAAUUGGAGAGUUUGUAAGCCAGUUGAUGCCCAUUCUGCACGCCUGCCUGCAACCAGAGAGGGACCAAGAGAUGAGGAUGAAUAUCUUCACCAUGCUAGCCAAAUUGCUGCUGGAUGGAGGCAACACGCUGGACUCGCAAGGUGGUUUCCGGGACGAGUCCGAGAGCUUCCUGGAGAACGUGCUGCUUCCCAACCUGGUGUGGCGGGCGGGCCGCUGCGCCGCUGCCAUGCGGACCUCUGCCCUCAGCUGUCUGCUGGCGCUGCUGCAUGGAGGUGGCAUCGCCACGCAGCAGUUGCUGCGCGUGGAGGAGAAGCUGACUCCUCAGGUGUUGUCGUCGCUGGAUGAGGAUUCACAGAUGGCCCGACUGCUGGCCUGUCGUUCGCUGUCCACCAUCCUCAGACUGGUGGGAUCCAGUCUAACUGAAGAAGUGCUCAAUAAAAUCUAUCCCGAGUUGCUGAAGCGUCUGGAUGACAGCAGCGAAGGCGUGCGACACGAGGCCCUGCGGGCCCUCAGCUUCUGGUUGUCCGGACUGGACGCCAACUACAACACGCAAUUGUGCGUCGCGCACCUGCGCUUCCUCUUCCAGCAGCUCCUCCUUCACAUGGAUGACCCUGACAACAGCGUGCAGGAACAAGUGCUAGAGGUUCUGAAAGCGGGAAGCUCGGUCCUCCCGCAUGUCCUGAAAGAGGAAGUAGAAGCCGUGAGGGACAAACACCGCACUCAUCAACACUGCGACCGACUGCUGGAGCACAUCGACGCGCACAACGACGACCAGUCUGCUCAAUGACCCCAACACGAAUUCUUGAAGGAUUGAGUGAACCAGAAGGCUUUGUUUAUAAGACACCAUUAGCUUGUCGCUAAGUGAUAAUAUCAGUAGUGGCCUGUUGUUGUUGCACUAUGAGGAUCAUUUUCAAUUCUUCUUUUUUUUUUUUUUUUUCUUUAAUAAGAAAGUUAUAAGAAUAAAAUCAUAAUGCAAUAACAAAUGUAUUAAAUUCCACUUUCUAUGACACCAUGAUAACAUGAUAUACCAUUGAGCUAAAAUGCAAGGCAAUGGUUGAAUGGUUGAACCAGUAUUUUUCAACCGGUUUCGGUCGUGUGCGGAUGAGCGAGGUAUUGCUCGUGUGGCAUUCAAAAACUCAGAUUUCUAACCAUCAGCCACCUUGCUGUCAACAACAAUUUGGACCCCAGCGCGUCUAAUUGACAUCAUUUGAUUAGACUCGUUAAGUGUGGGUAAAAACAAAAGUAUCCUUUCGAUUUUAUCCAUAUGUGAUGACCUUCAAUCCUCCCCUUGUGUUUUAUUCCAACAAACUGGCUAAAAAUCCGAGCAGUUCUUGAACGCCACACGAGCAGCUAUCCAACAGCAUCAUCGUGCCCAGCAAGCUUAAACGUUAUAUCCAAACAAAACACCCGUCACUUCAAAACAAGUGGAUGGACUAUUUUGUUCGCCUUUGUGAAAAAACAGAGGAAACGGGCAACUUUUUUUGAGAAAAACUACAAUUAUUAAAUUAUUAUAUAUUAUUAUAGACAGUGAUCCCUCGCUACUUCGCACUUCAAACUUGGUGCCUCCAGUCCAUCGCGGAUUUUUUUUUGCAAAUGAAAAAUAAUGUCAGUAUUUUAUUGAGCUGUCCCGAUCUAAUCACAUAGUCUCUCAGUCUUGCCUCUCUUCGUGGUCAGGCAGUGCACUGGAGAUGCUUAUUAAAGUUAACCAUGAUUGACAGACAUUAAAGUUUGAUCUUGCCAGAGACGCUUGGAACUUCAAAACGCUGCAUGCGUCAAUAACCGUUUAACUUCUUAAACAGUUGCUGUGGCAACUCAUUGUGUGUAAGUGAGUCCACUC